UACUUGUAGAGAGUUGUACGGUCUCUUGGGAAGAAUUGACGUGACGUAAGAUUUUGUUAGAGGACGACACAAGACGUAGUCUGUGUGACGAACUCUACCUGAACGGACGUCUGGGCAAUUUGAAGACAUGUCCGUCUGGCAUAUUUUGAUUCAAGUGACUUUAAUAUCUUCGACUUUCUUGAUAUCUUCCAGUCAGGGCGCAGUUGCCCCCAAGCAGAAAAGAUGCCAGUCACCUGCCGUAGCACCUCACAGGAUCGAGAAAGUCAUCGCUGAAUGCCAGGACGAAAUAAAACUCGCUAUUCUUCAAGAAGCCCUGGAUGACUUGGAAGAGUCCACUGCCUUGCUGACUGCAAGGAAAAAGCGUCAGAUUUUUUCUGAUGAUGAGCGAAGAAUUGCUGGGUGCCUUCUCCAGUGUGUGUACAGGAAAGUGAGAGCAGUCGAUGAGUCCGGCCUCCCAACCCGGGAAGGUUUAGUUCGUCUGUACGCCGAGGGAGUACGGGAGCAUGGCUACUACCUCGCGACAGAUGAAGCAAGUCAACAAUGUCUCCAGUUAGCACACCAGCACCGCCUUCGAUCGGAACCAAGUGGGAAACAAUCAUGUGAUUUGGCCUACGACAUAUUUGAAUGUAUCAGCAAUAAAAUUUCAGAGUACUGCAGCGGCUCUGACUAAACGUAGCGAAUUUCCUAUUUCUUGUCUACAUUCAAGAACACGGCGGAAGCUGCAUAAUUCAUCGACCGGGCUACAUUAGAUGAAGGAGUUGACUAAUCGCCUCUGGGAAGAGAAAUGCCCCCUGCUUAAUCUACAUUUACGUUUUAAUGUAGAGUGUAGAAGAAGUUUUAUAUUCGAGUUGCGAAACCUUGUUGAGUGGAGUCCUGGAUGGUUUGGAGUAUCUAAUAGCCUUACAAAACACCAGUUAAACCAGCAAAA